AUGUCAGACAAACCGACAAAGAAGAAGGAAUCCACAAAACGGAAAUACAGUCGAGGUGGAUGCAACGAAUGCAAAAGAAGGAAAAUUAAAUGUGAUGAACAAAAACCACAUUGUCAUAAUUGUACAAGAUUAAGUAAACAAUGUUCAUAUGAAACUAUUCGUAAAAUUAGAUUUAAAUAUGACAACAAUCUAACUACAUCAAGCAACGCUGAGUCUCAACCCGAUAUCAAGGAUUCUGUAUCUGGGUCAUUACCAUUUGAAUAUAACCGUGAUAAAUAUAAAUCGAAUCAAAUUGAAAGUAGUGUACGAUUUGAAAAAUGGACUCCAACCCCACCACCUCAGCAAGAUCCCAAUGACAACAACGAUAAAAACCUUCCAGAAACCUACCCUGCCACUGUUUCCUCCGAGAAUGAUUUGCUAAGUAACACUUCACCUUGGGACGAUAAUAUCUCACUUGGGGACGUAAAGAAUCUAUUUGAUGAUGCCAAUCAUUUAAUUCAUGAUUCCUUAGAUUUGUUUGAUUUUCAAAUAACUGGUGAUUCUAUUCCUGAAUUGCAGCACGUUUCCAAGCAAAUGAAUGUUAUUCCUUUCCUGAAAGACGAUACACAUCCUCCAGAUAAAGCUUCCGAAAUUGUUGCUGAUACGGCAACAUCAAACAAAAAACUAAUUUCAAAGACUUUGGGACCACUUGGAUUAGAUGGAGUUGCAGAAGUAACAUACUUGAAUGACUUAACUGAAACUGAAUUGGGAUAUCAUUACUUCCCUUUUGCCGUAUCAAUUGAAUCAAAUCCAGUAAUAGGAAUACUUUUACGAUACCUGAGAAAUUGUCCAUAUUUAUUAACUGCAUUAUUGGCUUCCAGUGCUACUUUUCAAUUCAUUCGUACUGGAAUCCAAAAACAUGAGAAAAGUAGAUCCCAAUAUACCUCAGUCUGUUUAAAAAGUUUAAGUGAAGCAUUUACAAAGCAAAAAGAUAGUGAUGAUGAAAAAUAUUUCUCCAAAGAUAUUGAAAGAUUAUUAUUAACCAUCUUAACAUUAACGUCUAUGUUUACUGCCACGACAUAUCUACAAAAAGAAGAACCCAAUUCCGUUCAUUCAUCUUGGAAAACUCAUCUUCGCGGUGUCAAGGAGUUAUUGUUGCAUUAUUCCCGCUUAUCAUCACAAAAGUCUUCCGCGCGUAGAAGUAUAUCAGAUGGGUUGGCCCUAGCUAAAAUUUGGUUCUUUUUAAUUGAAUCAAUUGCUGAAUUGAAUGAUCCACGAGGUGGAACUCUAAAAUAUAUCAAGAAGAAUCAAGACACAUCAAUUGAUAUAAUCAAACCAGAUCCAGGAAUAGAUUCUUCAGAUAUGAGCAAAUUGUGGCUAGAGACAGGAUAUUUCACCCGAGACAGGAAUCCAGAAUAUCAUGAUGCAUUAGUCAGAAUUGGGCUCUUGACGGAUCCAAAGACCUUGCCAAUUUCAACUCAAUUCAAUAUGCUUACGGGAUAUUCUAUUCGAGUGGUGGAAUUGAUUGAUGAGAUAGCUAAAUCAUUGGAUUUAUUAAGAGUACAUCCAGGAUCACAAUUGUCCUCUUCGGUAAUUAUUAAAAUUAUGUCAUUGGUUGAGAAUGGAAGAACACAUGAUAUUGUACCUGGCGUUUGUCAAGAAACUUUUGAAAUUCCUGUAUUAUCAAAGGCUCAUCCGGAGUAUCAAGGACACGAUAGGAUAGAACUUCCGUUGUCUUGUUAUGCGAAGGACGUUUAUCCUGGAGGAGUAAGAUAUUUUUCUUGGUUCGACCUUAGUGAACAACUAUUGAUUGAUGAGAUGUAUUUAAAAUUAUUGACUACAAAUGGCUUGCUUAAGCUCCCAAAGACUCAUCCGUUGAUUAUAGAAUUGAAGGACAAGAUUUUUAAAAGCAUGUUUUUCCUAAAGGAUAAAACUGAUGAGAACUAUAGUCUGAAAGUCAAGCAAGGAACCAUCUUGAUUGAAUCGGAGAACUAUUAUUUAUGUAACAAUUUGUUUGAUGUUAGAGCAAUUAUGGUUCCAUCACCAUACAUUCAAUGCUCACUAGUAGCUAGUGAUGAGCAAGAGUUUGAAAAAUUGGAAUUGUAUUUCCUGGGAUUGGUUAAGUUAGGAAAUGGAAGUUCUUUGUUCGCAUUGGACAGGUUGUAUAGGUUAAGAGAAAGGAUCAGAAAUAACCAACAGGAAGACACCGUAGAAGAAGAAGGAGAAGACAUAGAUACAUAUAGAGUUAUUCCGUUCUCAUAG